UUUAAUUUUGUCAUUUUUCUGCAAUCAAUCAAUUCGACCUUAUAGAUGGAAUCAAAACUCGUUUCGUUAAAUUCAUGCAAGUCCGCAACAUUCAACGGCGUCGUUCCGGCCGUCCAGCCGGUAGCCAUUCGGCCCAGCUCAGCCGAGGCGACCCUCGGCAACCACCUCGCACGGCGGCUCGUGCAGAUCGGCGUGAGAGACGUGUUUUCAGUUCCCGGCGACUUUAAUCUGACGCUGCUGGACCACCUCAUAGCUGAGCCGGGGCUCAACCUGAUCGGCUGCUGCAAUGAGCUCAAUGCGGGCUACGCCGCCGACGGAUACGCACGGGCUCGCGGUGUCGGCGCUUGCGCGGUUACGUUUACCGUCGGAGGGCUGAGUAUUAUCAACGCCAUCGCCGGCGCAUACAGCGAGAAUCUCCCAGUGAUCUGCAUCGUCGGAGGUCCGAACUCAAAUGAUUACGGCGCUAACCGGAUCCUGCAUCACACGAUCGGCUUGCCGGAUUUUACCCAGGAGCUGCGUUGCUUUCAGACUGUAACUUGCUAUCAGGCUGUGGUGAAUAAUUUGGAGAAUGCACCUGAGUUGAUUGACACUGCAAUAUCAACAGCAUUAAAGGAGAGUAAGCCUGUGUAUAUAAGCAUCAGUUGCAACUUGUCUGGGAUUCCACAUCCAUCAUUUAGUUGUGAUCCCAUUCCAUUUUCUCUCUCCCCAAAGUAUGCUCGCUUCAAUUCUUUUUGUUUCAAAUAUAGUCAGAAAUUUCAUUUUCGAAUGACUUUAACUACCAUUUAUAGGUUGAGCAAUAAAAUGGGUCUGGAAGCAGCAGUUAAAGCCGUGGUGGAGUUCUUGAACAAGGCUAUGAAACCGGUGAUGGUGGGAGGUCCAAAAAUGCGGCCUGCAAAUGCAACCAAUGCAUUUGUAAAACUGGCAGAUGCUUGUGGUUAUCCUAUUGCAAUUAUGCCAUCUGCUAAAGGGCUAAUACCAGAGCAUCAUCCUCAUUUCAUAGGUACCUAUUGGGGUGCGGUGAGUACACAAUUAUGUGCUGAGAUUGUGGAAUCAGCUGAUGCUUACCUCUUUGUUGGCCCCAUCUUCGACGACAUUAGUACAGUAGGCUACUCUCUGCUUCUCAAGAAGGCGAAAACAAUAAUAGUGCAGCCUAAUCUCGUGGUGAUUGGCGGUGGCCCCACAUUUGGAUGUGUUCAAAUGAAGGAUUUCUUGAUUACCCUUGCAAAAAGGGUUAGGCAUAAUUCAACUGCAUAUGAGAACUACCGUAGAAUUUAUGUUGGUGAUGUGCAUCCUCAGAAAAGUGAACCUAAUGAGGCGUUAAGGGUUAAUGUUCUGUUUCAACAUAUUCAGAAGAUGUUGUCCGGGGAGACAACUGUCGUUGCUGAAGCAGGGGAUUCUUGGUUUAACUGCCAGAAGCUCAAAUUGCCACUUGGAUGUGGGUAUGAAGUCCAGAUGCUGUAUGGCUCAAUUGGUUGGUCAGUUGGUGCAACUUUGGGCUAUGCUCAAGCUGUACCGGAGAAGCGUGUGAUUGCCUGCAUUGGCGAUGGUAGUUUUCAGAUGACGGCUCAAGAGGUGUCAACAAUGCUGCGGUGCGGGCAAAAUAACAUCAUCUUCUUGAUAAACAACGGCGGCUACACCAUUGAAGUGCAGAUCCACGACGGGCCUUAUAAUGUGAUCAAGAACUGGAACUACACUGGUUUAGUUGAUGCCAUCUGCAACGGCCAAGGAAAAUGUUGGACUACUAAGGUUAGAUGUGAGGAAGAACUUAUUAAAGCGAUUGAUGGUGCCACAGGAGCCAAUAAAGAUUGCUUGUGUUUUAUUGAGGUGAUAGUUCACAAGGACGAUACGUGUAUGGAACUUUUGCAGUUUGGUUCGACUGUUUCUAUAGCUAAUAGUCGCCUGCCAAACCCACGUUAGAUUGAGUAGAAACUGCCAAUUAUUUGAAGCCAAAAUCAAUACAAAUAUCAUAUUAUUGUAUGUGAAAUAUAAAGUUAAUACAUAUAUUGUAAUAUCCCCACCUUAAUUAGUAGAGAUAUCCAUUCUCAAUA